AUGUCCACCUCCACUAUCUACCCAGUCUACAAAGUGAGAUUCAAGUUAUCCAUCCAGGACCCCGACAUGGUCCCCCCUCGUUACCACACCAUUCUGUUUGUCCAGACCAACGAACAAGGUCCACGCAGUGGAACCAAACACCACGUCACUGGUGAUAUUGUUACAGGGAUGCACUACGAACCAGCCAUAAUUCAAGACCCUGAGACUGACGAGAAUUUGUUUUCGAAAGAGCUCAUUGGCAAUACUCGAGCCCUGAAUUAUCCGAAAAAUUGGAAUGAUAUUCUCAAAUCACUAUCUGCACCUCCAAAACAGAAGGCCUUCAAUUGCGACACGAUGAAAACAGAGCCUGUAAAAACUUGGGAGCCUCUGACUUUUUAUGAAGCGGAUGAGCCUUGUCGGCCGUUGAUAAAGUGCACCGAGUGGAUCGAGAAUCAGGCUCUCCCCGUUUUAAUAAACGCGGGGCUUAUCCAGGACACAAGAGGCUAG